AUGUUAUUAGUAGUGCGUGAACCGCCUCGACCCUCGGUUCAAUGUCGGGUAGCGAACGUCAGAGCUCCUGGAGCAGCGAGGACGGCGCGACGGCUGCAGUCCUCGAGAAGGUUUUUUCUCAUUUGUCGACACACGAUCUGUGGAGGUGCGGAUACGUGUGUCGAGCUUGGAGGCGGUCAGCGCGCUGUGACGGCGCCAUCUGGCGAAGAACUUUGGCACCGCGAGUCAUGGCAAACUUGGACCUGGCAACGCGAAGCCGCGCUGUCGUCGACAAGGUGGCGACUUCUCGAGGUUGCGGCGGUGCCUUCGCCCCCUGGCCAAAUAUCCAGCUCAAACAGUCUACUCCACGCGGCUCUAAACAGUUCCAAUACGAGGCUCGCGAUUCUGGCCGAACGAGCGUUUCUUACUGUGUGGGAGCGCCGACCGUUCGUCGGCAGAAUGCGAGACGAAGAGAGUUGUGACUGCGACGAGUGGCGACCGAUGCGUAGCGGCACAUUGAGCGGCGCGAGGUGGGGCGACGGAGGAUCGGUGGCGUGGGCACCCAGCGGCGAUCGCCUCCUCGUGGCUGGCCAGAUGCUGCUUGCCGACCGCUGGGAAGUCGUGGUGCUCGAUCCCGCAAUCGACUGUGAGGGCGCCGGGGCUGUGUUGUGUCGCUCGUCGUGUUCGGCGGGCACGUGUCCCUGCUGGGUGAACGACUGGCACUUCCUUACGAUGCACGUCCGCCUUCUCGCCCCGGGACACGCCACCACGGCCGUCUGGCUCAACAGCGUCGCGCAGGCGACUCACUCGGAGCACGCGGGGGUUCUGAAGUUGCUACUUCGCGUCUACAACGAGGCGGCCGCCAACAUCACACAUUCUAUUGUUGCAGAGGUGCCCACAGCCACCGAAAGGGACGAUCCGCAAGAAAACGUCGAACUACGCGCGGCCUAUUAUCGCUGCUUACGUAAAAGAAGCGGUGACGAAGGGCGCAUACUCGUGGUGUGCGGAGGAUCGAGAGAGGGCGUUCGCGGGGAAGCUAGGGCCGCGCUGGCCUGGCGACUUCCCGAAGAGGUCGUCGUGCCUCCUCUCCGCGUCAGUGUCCCGAUCGUCGACCGUCUUCGGGAACUCCGAGCUCGCCGAGAGCGUCAACUCGAGCGGGAAGAGGGCGCCCAUUUGCGGGAAGAAGAAGUGCGUUCACUGUGCGAACCACCCUUUGCCGAAUGUCCGCUCCCCGGGGUCGCGCUAGGCGUGACCUUGCAUCCUGGAGGCCGUUGCUUUUGGGUAAGCUGCAGCGGCGGUGGCGUCGUUUGCGUGUCACUGCCUUCGCUUCGCGUCGUGCAGCACUUAGAGUCUCCCGGAACUUCCCUUUGGUCGAGAUUCUAUCGCGUGCAGCCUCAUCUUAACCACGACUAUGUAGUGAGUCCUAGAGGGGACGCCUCCGGUGACGUCUUGGUGUGGUCUGCUCGCAGCGGCCGGCUUGCCGGUACUUUGCGACACGAUCGGCCGUCAAUAGUAGCGUUGUUGCCGGCGCCCGUAACGCAUUCUAACUGCACCAAAAUAUUGUGCCGCUCACUUCUCGUUCUCACUACGGACGCUCUGCAUGUAUGGCAUAGUCGGAUACUUAUGUGA